UACGUCGAUCGGUGUAAAUCAAGCCACGACAGCGAUCCGAGCGGACUCAAGACACGCGAUCGGGAACAAUGGCGAGACGAGAAACGAAGCGCGGAGUCAACGAAGUGGACUGGUCAUAUGAAGCAAACAAGUAGAAUACAUGCAAGAAGGGAAAGGAGCGAAGCCGAUAAGCGGUCGUCGAGGGUGGCAGGAAGCAGGAAUCUGGGAGGUUUCUUUUCCGGCCGCAAAGGGGCAAUGCCGCCUCCACAUCACGUGGUACCCGCUUGCGGUGGUCUGGUUCCUUCCCCAUUUACUAUUAGUUAGUAGUAAUAAUCCCUCCUCCACUCCUUGGCCAGCCAUCGUCUGGCUUGCAACUGGCUGCAAUCGAUGCAACAAUUUCUUGUUUCAGCUGUCUCAUGAUGUACACAAUUUGGGGUUAUUCUGGGGUCUAGCUGAGCCUGCUUGCACUGUAUCUUAGUAGUCUUACAGCCGAAUGCUGACCCCUCAACCCAAUCGGGCGUGGUUGAAUUUAGAUGACUGGCGGGCCGCCGACUAACUAG